UUGAAACAGACAAGUGCGUAGUCUGCUGGUGAUCGCAUCGUUUUGAAAAUAUGACGUUGGAAAUAACUUUAGGUUAUUGGAACAGAAUAAUUGAUUCUAGUUGUUUUUAUUAUUAAUAAAUAAAAAAAAAACACUAUACGUAAUACCAAUGAACUUAUCAGAAAUGUAAUACAGUUAGUCGUAUACCCUAAAUAAAUAAACAUACGUAUUUCGUCUGAUGGAUCGAUGAAAUCUUAGACAAAAUAUGAAUCACUUGAAACCUGUUUGUCGAUGAUUAAUAAAAGCACUUGUUAUUUUCGAAAAUGAUGGGGCUAGUGACCAUUUUUUGUGUUUGUUCAAUACUAUAUUGCAUUUGCACUUGGAUUAUACCAAAGUUUUUAGCUUGGCUUGUUAAACGAAAAUGUAAAAUUAAUUUACAAGUUGGACAUAUAUCUCUUCCUUAUUUUAAAUUGAGAGAUGUCAUCAUUUUUACAAAUGGUUUUACGGUUGAAAUUGAAGAAUUUAGUGUACGAAGCAGUCUAUUUAGUAAUGAAGUGGCCAAAUUAUUAUCUCUUAUGCUUCAUGGAGUUAGAGUAGAAGUGAAUGUUCCUGUUGUAUCAGUUAGGCAUGAAAACAAUUCUAACAAAGUAUUGGAUUUCAGAAAUGCCAAAGUACCUUCUUUCUUAAUAACAGUUGUACAGUUUUUAGCUAUUAACAUUGAAAAUCUGAGUUUAUUUUCACUUGGAAAUGGUUGGCUUGCAAAUGUAAGUGCAGAAACCUUAAGUCUUGAUGGUAGUGUUGUUCAUGGAGCUCGUACUCUGCUUGGAAGCGCUACUAUUGGAAAUGGGACCAUGAAACUACUUCGUCAUGCCUCAGAUGCAUGCUUAGCUCAAAUAAACUUGGCCGGUACUGUUGAAGCUACUUUAAAAGCUCAAGGAGAAUUAUCCUUGGAGAAAUUAUUUAUUGGCAUAACUCACACAGAAGGCUGUGGCGGUGUAGGUCUUUUACAAUUUUUAAAAGAUAGAAAAUCAUUAGAUCCAGGACCAACAAAUAAAACAGCAGCAUUCAGCGAUGAUUUUCUAGCCAGAUUUGCUCCUAUUUUACCUAAGAGUCUAUUAAUAAAACUUGGUAGUUCAUCAAUCAUUGCUGGACGUGAAGAUGGUUCUCACAUUGGUUUAGAAUGUAUAAUGAAAAGCUUACAAGCUAAUGCCAAAUUUCAACCAGGGGGCCCGCAGUUUCAUUUAGCCUUGAAUACAGAAGGCAUAUCAGUUCGAGGAAAGUUACCAGUUUUAUCUUUAAGAUCCAUGUCAAUAGAAUCAAAGUUGGAUAACAAUGUGCUCAAGAUUGUUACACAACUAAGUAACUUGUCAAUGACUUAUGAUCAUAAAGAUUGGGAAUCAAUUGUCGUCAGUGGCGCUAGAGAUAUUUUGAAACCAGAUAUUAAUUACUCCUCUGAAAAUAGAUUUUCAUGGCUUGAAGUACAAACUAGCACAGAAUUAUAUGAAGGAUCAUUAUUUGUAAAACUUCCUGAUGUACAAGAAACCUCCUGCUCAGUAUCUCAUGUUAAAUUUUCAAUGGGAAGAUCAAAUAAUGAAAGUUUAGAUUGGAAUACAGAAUUAACUCUAGAAUCUUUGUGCUGCGCAUUUAAUGGUACAUCCAAUACUGUUCCAGAAGCAAAUCAUCGUUGGGGAUGCCCUGUUUCCAUUGGUGUUUUUCUCGCGACGACCCGCAGCAAUGCAAUCGGAAUAGUAAUUGAUAGCUUGCGAACAGAAUGGAGUUUAGAAUUGGCAAGAUUUCUAGAACGCGGAUUACAAUAUUGGAAAGAACACAAUGCUUCAAUCAAUACUGGAAAAGAUAAACUCGCGAAUGAAGCUUUACACAUUAACUUGAAAGUUUCAAAUUGCAAUCUUUUCUUCAUAGCGGAAAAUGAAUUGGCGAUCAUGUUGCGCCUUGACGAAGCUACCGUUGAACGGAAUAUCAAACGAUUUGCUGGUGUCGCUGAAGGACUUUGUGCUAUCACUUUGAAUAAAAAUGAGCCGAUAAUUUGCCAGCAUGCAAAAGCCUUGACUCGACCUUUUUUUUCAGUAAGAAAGAGUAAAAUGUCCCUUACAUCGAGCGCAAUUGACGUUAGUUUUGACGAUACCAAUUUAGCAUGGAGUCCAAAUUUACAUUUACGUUUGUUACAAUUAUGGGAGGAGUCAGCCAAUUUCCGAGGAACAUUUGGUCAACGAGAAAUAGUAACUUCAGUAAACGAAUCUAAAACAAAGCGGGCCCUUGACAUAAUGUGUACCGGAGGCAUUAUACUCUCGAUCGACAUAUCGCCGCGACACUUUUUGGAACUGUCGUCCGAUCAUUUACGAUGGUCGCAAGGCGAGUGGAAAUUGCGUUACCUGCGCGUAGCCUUGGACAUGGCUGACAUUAUAACGAUGGAAGGAUUCAAAUUGAUUCGUUUGGCCGACAACGAAGAGGUUCGCCUGGAACGACAGAAUAACGACGGCUUCGAGCUGGAAUGGAAUGAAACCUGGGAAUUGAACAUCGAAAUGGCAAAAGCCUGUUUUCCUCACGAGCAUCAGUUUACCGAGGCUAUUCAAAAUGAAUUUGUUAGCAUCAGAAAGUGGCUCAAGGAAAUACACUCGAGCGGCAAGCCAAAAGACAAUCCUCUACCCUGUGAUCUAGUCAUUAAGAUAAAACAAUGGAUUUUCGAGGUGAGCGAUGACCCGUUCGAGGUACGUUUACGCGAUAACUACGAGUUACUCGAAGACGAAUACAAAGAAAGCUUAAAGCGACAAGCUAUGUUGGAUGCCAAAGUUCAAGAGUUCUGCCGAGCUCAUUUACUCUUGCCUCAAGGCAAAGUCGAAGAGCUGUAUGCCAGCCUGCACAAAAAGAACGCGGAAAUCUAUGUUCAACGUUGGAAGCAGAUGCAACGCACCGGUCCCGCGCGAACGCGUCUCUUUACCUGGACGAUGACCGACUUGGAGAUUCUCGUGCUGGCCGAUCCGUCGGUUCACGGACUGGAAAAAGCCACGCAGGCCCUGCAAGAGAUGGACAGCGAGUCUCCGUGGCCGGAGGACGGUCUCGAAUUCAACAUCUUGUGGGUGCGCGGGAUCGCUCUCAAAUGUCUCGAAUGGCGCCUGCAGUUGCGCGACUUUCCCCAGCCUCUGCUGCUGGUCGAGGGUCUGAGCAUUUGGGGACGCUUGGCCGGGGCCGAGGCUCUCGCGCCGCCGCGCGCCAAACGCAGCGUCCGCAUCGAGGUCGGUGCUCCCUGGGACGACAUCGUCAUCGAGCGCGGCAUGACCUCCCUCAAAUACUACCACGAUCUCAACUGGGACAUUAACAAAUUCCGUUACGCUUUCGGCCCGUGCUGGGAGCCUGUCAUUGCCCAGUGCAACUUGAGCUUCGAGAAAAUCAUACAUCCGUCUCGAGACCCGUCGCCUCCGCUACCUUUCUGGGACAAGAUGAGACUCAUGUUGCACGGUCGGCUCACUCUCUGCGUCAAACAACUCACGGUGCUUCUUCAUGCCUCGCUCGACCCGUACAAUACGACCGAAGAAAUGGAGCUGACUUGGUCGAAUCUCGAGCUUGACUGGACUCUCGGCAAAAUAAUCGUCAAGGGUAAUCUCGAUGUUUACGUCAGAACAGCUAGCAAAUACGACGAUUGUCGACUAUUGCAUUUGCCCAAUGUCAAGCUCCACAUCAAACUGGCUUGGGUUUGUCUCGGUGAUGCGCGGGAUCAUCAUGCAGCCAUUCCUUGUGCUCCCGACAAGUUACCCGAGUACUCGAGCAAUCAACAGCACGACUCUUUCCGCGCCUUUCGUUCUCAGAACCUUAACGUGAGCCUGUCGUUGGAAACAAAACUAACGGGCUCGCCGACACUGAGCAGUGCACCGACCGCCGUUUUGUACGGCAGCACCCUGCGAUGGUUCGAGAGCCUGAAAUUCAUACUCUCGGGGGUGACGAGGCCGACUCGCAAAGGGCCGCUCUUCCGCAAUAUUCGACCGCGAAAGAAGCAGCUGAGCCGCCACUACCGCAAGAUCCGACUGACGCUGGCGUUCCAUCGCUUCCACGUGAGCUACUGGAUGUCGGCGGCCAUGCAGCGGGGCUUCGAGGUGACCGGGGGCAGGCUCGCCUGCAGCUCCGAGCACUGCCUGACCCUGCACCCGAUCAACGACGGUCUGGUGCACCGGCCGCGCGCCGAGUGGUCCGUCGUCUACAUGAACUGCGAGCUGCACGACGCCGAGAUCUGGCUCAAGAGCGCCCUCAUGGAGGGCAAGAAGAAGGCCUCGCUGCGCGAGCCCGUGCAGAAGUGCUACUGCCUCAGCGUGGCCAAGGUCAGCUACGGUCGCGAGGCCAUGGUCGCGGGUGCCAGCGGCGACACGCCCAUCCACCACCUCGUCGUGCACGAUCUCAAGGGCGCCUGGACCGAGACCAAUCGCGACGUCGUAUUCGCUCUCUUCGAUUCUUUCAUCAAGACGCAGCAGCUCAAGAAGAACCUGUCGACGGCGGCUCUCAAAGGUUUUCAUCGCGAGAGCAGCUCGACGCCUCACAAAAAUCGGCAGAGAAACGCGAUCGAGGCCACGCAAGGCACGCCCGCUCAAGCUACGACCAACGCCGUCGCUGCCUCAGGAAGUAAGCCUCAGCAACAGCAGGGCGAGGCGGCUAACAUGUUGCAGAGACUCAUCGCCGAAGCAGCCAACAAGCCUGUGGCUUUCAGCGACGACACGUCCGUUCAAACGCGAGGUCAGCAAUUGCGUGGCUUGGCAGCUUGCAAUCAAGACGACGUGAUUCACAAAAACUGGCUGAUUGCUCUCGUCAAUAGUCAGGUGUUACUCAAGGGUAUAGAAACUCGCGGUCACGUCAUUUUGUCAGCGGCUAAAGCUGAAAUACUUCAGAGGGUUCAUCGGCCUGUUUGGCGAGAACGAACCCUCAUGUCCAAAACGACCUGGGUUGGCUCUUUGGAGUGCAUGCAGUAUUACGCUACCGUUAAUGCUAAUACCGACGAAAAUAUCGACUCUGACAUCACCUGGUUAACUUUAGAUAACAUUCAGGAAAAAGAUUCUACAAUAAUAGCCGGUCUACCGGAUGUUCCGGCAUUGGUAGGUUCAGGUCAAAGUGUGGGUGGUGUCGUAAGCCAAACGGUUGGCGGUGCAGGUGGCCCUCAACAUCAAUUGCAGCGAAUCGUAUCGCGUUGUAAGUGUGAAUUCUUCUACGUCGGUUACGGCCAAUCGCCCGAUGCUGUUUCGCUCGACGAAGUACCGGCGCCGCCUUGCGAGGAGAUCAGUCCUUGGGAACGCAAAGACCUCUCGGCCGCUGAUGCCUUCACUCUCAUGCAUCAUGAUCUCGACGUAUGCACCAAUUCUCUGCAGUAUACCAUGUUGCUUGAUAUAGUUAAUAAUUUAUUACUCUACGUCGAGCCCAGAAGAAAAGAAGCAUUGGAAAGAUUGCAACGUAUGAGAUUUCAGAUGCAGUUGAUUUCUGAAGAAGAUCAGAAAAGGCCUAUUCAAGAGCGUCAAAAUAUUGUUAGAGGCCUAUUGUCAAAAUUGCGUCGCCUUGAGAAAGAAACCUACCUAGUUCAGAAAGCUUUAGCGGAAGAUCCGGAAUGCAAAGAGCUACUCUUAGAAAUGGAGCGACUUGAGCAACGAAUAUUCGAAUGCAAAGAAAAGCUUAGUGCUAAAGCUGAAGAACUUGAUGUCAUGCUCAGCUGUUACAAGGAACAAACUGCUCCAGCUGCAGCAUCAACAAGCCUUAAAGACAAGCCAGCGGCUGUGGCUAGGGCUGCUGAAAUUUGUUUCAAAUAUGCUCAAUGGAGGCUGACCGAUGCAGAUGGUCAGUUGGGCAUCGCUGAUUUACAACUUACCAAUUUUCUUUACACUAAAACCAGUAAAACAGAUGAUUCAGUGGAGCACCUACUAGAAUUAGGAUAUGUUCGCAUGAAAAAUCUCCUGCCUAAUCAAAUUUAUACCGAUGUAUUGACACCAACUGAACUACAAAAUAAUAUGCCUAUUGAUAGACAACGUGCCCUCAGGGUUUUUUGUAGAGAGAAGGCUCCUGUUGCUGGUAUCUCUGUCAAAGAACAUUUUGAAAUUAAUGUUGUACCAUUAACAAUUGGACUGACCAAAAAAUUUUUCAAUACAAUGUUAAAAUUUUGUUUUCCUGAGAGGGAUCCAGAUGGAACUGAAGAUUCAUCUGUUGGAACUGAAGAACCACUGCAAAGAGACUCUUCUUUUUAUGUACCAAUGGAAAGGAGAGAGGAUGUUGAAAAAAUGAAAGAACGAGCAGAUAAAAAUAAAUUGUUCAUCUACAUAAAAAUUCCUGAAGUACCUGUUCGAGUUUCUUACAAGGGUUAUAAAGAAAAAAAUUUAGAAGACGUUCGAGAUAUUGCACUGGUAAUUCCAACAUUAGAAUAUCAUAAUGUGACAUGGACUUGGCUUGAUCUUUUACUGGCCAUGAAAAGUGAUUCAAGACGUGUAAUUUUAAGUCAAGCAAUUAAACAAAAAUUACAAAUAAAACCAAGAGUUCCCCAAGAAGAAGUUCAACCUCAAGAAGAAGACAAAGCUCGAUUAUUACUUGGAUCUAGACAUUUACCUGGUGAAGGCAGAAAAAAAAGUGUAUUUAAAUUCAAGUGAAAAAAAGGUAUUCAUAAGUCACACAAACUAAUGAUUAGGCAGCAAAAAAUAUAUUUUUGUCAACUUUUAAUAAAUUGAAUAAUCACAAUGGUAUUUUUAUUUGUAAUAUUCUGUUUUCAUACAAGAAUAGUUAUAGUAGUUGGAGAAGGAAGUUAAGAACAAUAUUGAUGUCAGUAAAAAAUACUUGAAAAAUGUAAAUAAAUAAUUUUACUUUGUUUUCGUUAA